GCAAUGGUCUCUCGUUUGCAUGAAUAUAACCUCUAAAGAUGCCGAUCACGGCUCUUCCACCGACCACUGUCCGGGCGAUUGGCUCAACAUCUGUGAUAUCGGACCCAUGCUCUGUUGUGAAAGAGCUGCUAGACAAUGCAUUAGAUGCUUCUGCGACUUCUAUAGGCAUUGAGAUAUCUGCGAAUGCAAUUGAUGUGAUACAAGUAAAAGAUAACGGACAUGGAAUCCCUUCGGAUGACCAUGCUUGCGUUUGCAGGCGCACGUUUACUAGCAAGAUUCAGACCGUUGAAGAUCUUCGGACCCUUGGAGGGAAGUCUUUAGGAUUUAGAGGGGAAGCUCUUGCCAGCGCUGCUGAAGUGUCCGGUGGCGUGACUAUCACCACUCGAGUUGAGGCAGAGAUGGUCGGCACAUCCAUCAAAUAUGGAAGAAAUGGAGAGCUUAUCAGGUACCUAUGCUCUUCGGAUAAUUAUGGUCCUGAGGCUAAUCUCUCAUAUAUGAAGCUCUCAGCGCGCUUCGCACCCUGUGGGCACGACAGUCCGUAUAACUGAUCUUUUCAAGCACAUACCUGUUCGGAGACAAUCCACUUUGAAAAGCGCCAUGAAAACUCU